UUUAUCUUUUAUUGCUUGUUUUCUAUGAUAACUCUUGAUUCUUUGAUACAGAGUUUCACAUGGCGACGACUAUUCCUUGUGGAAACGCUCUGGUGACUUGGUAUCGUCCUCAGUUUAUGUCAAGCUGGAAUACCAAAAAGUUGCGGAUGCCUCAAGCGCGUGUUUCAACUGAGAUAGGGGCCUUAUCAUUUUCAAGUUCAAGCAUUUUUUCUCGAAAUACGACGCUGGAGUUAUUCAAUUCAUGUUUACCUAGAACACCAUGUCACCACUUGGCAAGGCAUCUGAUUGUCAAAGCUGCUCGGGAUUAUUAUUCCAUCCUUGGAGUAUCCAAAAAUGCCAGCAAAUCGGACAUAAAAAGCGCUUAUCGAAAGCUUGCCAGGAAUUAUCAUCCUGAUGUGAACAAGGAAGCAGGAGCUGAACAGAAAUUUAAAGAGAUUAGUCAAGCUUAUGAGGGCUUCUCAGAUGACGAGAAGCGUUCUAUAUAUGACAGGUAUGGUGAAGAUGGUCUUAAAGGUUCUACUAUGGGCACAGGGGACUUUACCAAUCCAUUCGAUCUAUUUAGCUCGUUCUUUGACAUGGACAUCGGAAAUAGAAGUGCUAGAAAUAUGGCUGCAGAAGGUGAAGUUCUAAUUUACAAACUUGUCUUGACUUUCAAGGAAGCUGUCUUUGGGGUAGAAAAAGAGAUCGAGGUGUCCAGGCUUGACAAAUGUACCUCCUGUGAUGGCUCAGGUGCAAAGCCAGGGACUGAGACAUAUACUUGCACCACAUGUGGUGGGCAAGGGCAAGUUGUCUCAUCGUCGAGGACUCCCCUGGGUGUCUUCCAGCAGGUGAUGACAUGUUCUGCCUGUAGUGGGACUGGAGAGACAUUAACUCCUUGUAACAAAUGUGGCGGGGAUGGCAGAGUAAGAAAAUCAAAGAAGAUUAACCUGAAGGUGCCUGCUGGGGUUGAUUCAGGUAGUCGGCUGAGAGUCAGAUCAGAGGGGAAUGCCGGAAAGAGAGGGGGUGCCCCUGGUGAUCUUUUCGUUGUCAUCGAUGUGAUUCCAGACCCUGUAUUGAAACGGGAUGACACCAACAUUCUUUAUACAUGCAAGAUUCCAUAUGUUGAUGCAAUCUUGGGGACAACAGUGAAGGCGCCAACAGUUGAUGGAUCUGCCAAUCUUAAAAUCCCUGCCGGUGUCCAGCCCGGAACAACUUUGGUAAUGGCAAAGAAAGGUGUGCCGUUGCUGAACAAAGGCAAAAUGAGGGGGGACCAAUUAGUGAAAGUCCAGGUUGAAAUCCCAAGACAGCUAAGUGAUGAAGAGAGGAAGCUUGUUGAAGAACUAGCCAACCUCAAGUAAACCAAGACUUUCAACGGUAAGAGAUAAGAAGCUAUAUUGUGAU